AUGAUUCUGUACAGGGCAUCAGAUGCACCAGAAGUCUCCCUUUCUGAGCAGCAGGGUAGUGAGUGGACUCCUGCUGCAGGCUCGCAGUCCAGGGGCCCCCCCGGGGAGCCAGCGCAACCGACUCGUUCUGUCAGCUUCCAGCCUUCUGUUGCGAAUCGCGCUGUUUCGCUGUUUAACUCAAACAGCUUCGAAGCCGACACCUUCUCGGAUGGCCUCUCUUCUGGUAAUUGGAGAGAUGGGUUUAGGGAAGACGUGGUUGCUGUCACCCCUGCGCCUUUCGCGCCGAAGAGAGGCGAGCAGCAGCAGCAACAACAUCGUGUACGCAUGCGUCGUGCCAAUUUCCGAGUCACUUCUGCUUCUCCGACGCGCCUUCUGGAGCAGACUCCCGCAGGAGUGGAGGCUUCUUUACACCGUGCAGUUGAAAUAUGCAGGAGGCGUAUUUCAGCUGCAGAAGCCGCUGAUGGCUGCGAAGGGGGCACCUCUGGAAGAAGGCGAGGCUCCCCCUCUCAGAGCCGCACACUCACGAGCUGCUCGGGAGCAGACAAGCCGGAUUCGCAGGAUCAAGAGAAGUGCUCGGCUGGCAUCAGAAAGGAGCGUAGAGGAUUAGCACAAGGCAGUGCUGCGGGCAAAGUGUUGCUACGGCUGCACUCAAUUCAGUUUUGCUUUGACAAGCCUCCUCACAGGCCUGCAGAGGCCUCAGAACUGGAAAGGACCCCCGCCUAUUGUGUAACGGCUCGUUACUUUAUGCCGGCAAUGCAAGCGAAAGAUGCAGCGGAGCCUACUGACGAAGCUGCUGCAGGUCCCUCACACACCACGGCCUGGUUUUCCGCGUCAGUUUACCAGGAAGACAAAAAUCAGCCUUCUGCACCCGCAGUGUCGACGACAGCCUCAAAAGAAGCCGCAGAACAGGCAGGCGCUCGAGCAGCAUCAACGGCUCCUGGAGAGGCAGGAACACGAGGGGCAUAUUUUGUGGAGAAAUGUACCUUCGAAUCAGACAUCUGUCUGCCCGUUCCCUCCGAGGAGCAGCUCAGGCUGUUGAAUGUAAACAAAAUAGUCUUGGAGGUAUGGAGGCACCAUCGAAAAGAGGGGGACGAUGCGACAGCGCAAAACGCGCAAGAAGGAGAGGCCGCAGCAGUCCCUGGCGUUUGGUUGGUGGGUGAGGCUGUGCUCGACUUGCUAGAGGAGGGGCGGAGCCCGAAAGAGCGUUGCAUUGUGCCUAUAAACCACCGUGCAAACUGUCGUGGCAGCAGUACUGGAGGCAGCACUGUGGCGCUCAUGGGGGCCUUCAUAGGGCAGUCCGGCACUCUGCUUGCCACCAUCCUGAAGCUGCCUGACAAAGAGGGCCAGCAGCAGAAGGGAAAUGCGCUUGAUGCACAGGAGAAGAUGUGGCUCUACCAGGAUGACAAUGGGAAGAUCCAGGGGCCCUUCUCAAGCACAAAAAUGUUUCGUUGGAUUAAGGAGGGUUACUUUGAGGAGGGCACCCCAGUUUUCGAUUCUUUACAGGCGUCCACGCAGUUGGUACUGCGGGACGUUGCGCCGCUCAUCGCAGCAGACAACCAAAGAGCAUCAAGAAUCGCCAGCUGUCCCUCCACCAGAGAAACCACGCUGAGUGACUCGGGGGGAAAUCAGAGCCACAACAAGGGUAAAAAGCAGUCAGACAUCGAAGAUAACCUGGGGGAGGCUGGAGGGCCGCCAGCAAAUCGUGUUUGUGCCCUUGGGCAGGAGUCUCUGCAUGCACAGCCAAAUCACCAACAUCAGGAAGAACCUUGCGAGGGGCAGCAACAGUAUUCGCACCCCUUCGAAUCCAUCAACAGCUCUCUGCCCUCGUCUGCCUCCUCUUGGCGAUAUCAGGAGUUAAGGCCCAUUUUACGGCAGCCCCCAGAGAAGCAUCCAGAGGGCAGCAGGAGCAACGUGAGUUGCGGUGACAGUCAUCAUGCGGCAGUACCCCCAGCUGUACAGGUGGCAGGAGUGGCAGAAGCGACCUCCCCAGAUGCUGCAGCUGGCUAUACCAAGGAAAAUCGCCAGCAGCAGCAACAGCAGCAACAGCAACAGCAGCUGGAGCCGCCGCCACUGGUGCGGCCGUUUGAUGAGGCCGAGGUUCAAAAUGUUUUUGCGUCCUUGGCUGCAGCUUCGCAGUGUCUGCGGAGCAUUAAGAAACACAAAAUGUCGAGUUACCUGAGGUGCUCCAUUGCGGCACCCUCACCCCAUGCGGCUAUCCGAUUCUCAAGCCCACAUCAGGUGCAGCAGGCACAGCAACCGCAGAUACCGCAGCAGCAGCUGCACCCACCGCUGCAACCGCAGUGGCAACAGACGCAUCCUGAGCAGCAACAGAAAGAGGUGAGCUUGGACCGCGUGUACAUGCGACAGCGACUGCAGCUUCUAAGGGAGACGUUCGGGAAUGCCGCUCUGUUUGAGGCCUGCGCAGUGUAUAUACAGGCUGCAUUUCGGGGGUGGCGGGUUAGGCGCCGCUACGCCCUGCAUUCCAAGAGGGCCUUCCUACCCCGGGGCCUUUGGGGGCAGUCUCAAGUGGCGCCCAUGGAACAGGCUGCACAGUGGUCCGGGAUGUAUAGCCACAUGCAUGACUAA